GGCAGCGAUUGGCACUAUCGCGCGACUAUGUGCGCGAGGACGACAGCGAGGUCCGCGGGGGAAUUUGAUCGAACACAAGAGGAGAAGGAGCGACAACUUCAAGCGCUCGAGGCAGUUUGCGAGCAGCCUCGAGUGCUGCUACACAGAGCAGACGUCAGUGAAGAACAUGUUUGUCCCGAAUCUGCCCACGUGAAAGAGGACGGCGAGCAGGAGCGGGAAAUCUCCGAGUUCCCGUGGGCCGACGUCACUUCCGAGCGCGGAGGAGAAGGUGACGGCGACCGCUGCGGAGGAUCCCGAUCGCACGGCCUCUUCGCGCCGCUCUCGGACAGCGACGACAUAACGUCGCACUCUUCGGACUAUGACGACGACGACGACGAUGAACACUCGAAAGGCCACGUGACAGGUUACACUGACGACAAAUAUGUCCAGUGUUCCCACCAUUGUGACGGAACAUCGAACAAAACGUCGCUGUCGAAAGCACACACAGAAGCGCGCACUGGAGAUAAAACGUUUGGCUGCUCACAUUGCGACAAAAGCUUCGGUCAGAGGAGCUCUUUGAUAGCACACGUAAGAACACACACAGGAGAGAAACCUUUCGCCUGCUUAGUCUGCGGUAAAAGAUUCACUCAAAAUUCCAAUUUAACGAGGCACAUAAGAACACACACUGGUGAGAAACCGUUCAGUUGCAGCGUGUGUGACAAACGAUUCAAUGAAAAGUACACCGUCAAGCGGCACAAGUGUGUGAGGAGCGCAGCGGUCGGCCACGCUGCGCAGUCGGCGGAACAAACCGAGGCUGCCUUGGGAAUCGACCCGGUUUACCGAUGAUUGACUUGAUUGUCAAUCAUCGCGCUGUGUAAACGUCUUGUCACGCGCUGUGUAAACGUCUUGAGCUCUUUGUGUCCGUCGGCGGCGUUCGUGUUUGUGUUUCGGGAUUGACUGUCUGUACUAUUUAAAUAAACGUACAUAUUUA